ACAGAUGUCGCGACGGUCUCGAUGCCGCUCGACUUCGUCUACUAGUAUAUAUGUAGCGGUCGAUAUUAAAAGGGGAUUUCGCCACGAAAACCGGUCGCCGGCUGCUUCCCAUUGCUUUCCCAGUCAUUGUGUCUCUCGCCCACCGUGAACCACGAUCUUCCGAGGAAGUUAACAGAGCAAAAUAAACAGCAGCAACCAUGCCUCAGAUACAGAAACCAGCGCCUUUUUUCUCCAGUACCGCCGUUGUAAAUGGACAAUUCAAGGAUAUUAAGCUUUCCGACUACAAGGGCAAAUAUGUAGUGCUCUUUUUCUACCCGUUGGACUUCACUUUCGUAUGUCCGACUGAGAUCAUUGCUUUCUCCGACCGCGUGAAAGAGUUCAAUGAUAUCAACUGUGAGGUGAUCGCCGCAUCCACCGAUUCUCACUUCAGUCAUCUCGCGUGGGUGAAUACACCCCGCAAACAGGGUGGUCUCGGUGAAAUGAACAUCCCUCUGUUGGCGGACAAGAGUAGCAAAAUUGCUCGCGAUUACGGUGUACUUGACGAAGAUACGGGAAUUCCCUUCCGUGGCCUUUUCAUCAUCGAUGAUAAGCAGAAUUUGCGUCAAGUCACCAUCAACGAUUUGCCUGUCGGAAGAUCCGUGGACGAAACUCUACGGUUGGUUCAAGCGUUCCAAUACACUGAUAAGCAUGGCGAGGUAUGCCCAGCUGGUUGGAAGCCCGGCAAGAAAGCCAUGAAGCCCGAUGUUGUUGGCUCAAAGGAAUACUUCAAGGAUCAAUAAAAUAUCAAUGGACAAUAAAAUAUCACAAUAUUUCUUCAUACAUCUUGUUAAAUAUACUUAUGUGUGUGCGUUUUAUACACUUUCAUCGCGUAAUUUUGUAAUUUGACGCGUCUACAUUUCCGUUUUUACUUAGCAUAGCUAAGCAUACAUUAUCAAAAUAGCACACAUUAAAAAUAUUCAUUCUUAGUUUAAUAAAUGGGUUUAUUUUCUA